UAUUUUCUCUGCGCGAGGCUCACAGUUUCUGUUCUGCUUGUACUUGCUGCUACGCUUGGGUUCACCAAGCCCACAUCUCACCGCCGUCGUCUCCGCCGUCCACGUCUUGCCGCCGUUUGCCCCACGCUUCCCUCACUCGCGCGCGACAUUGCGCGACCACCUCUCAUCAUACGCGAUCUUCACCUCCACAGCCUUCAAUAGAGGAUACCUCACACACUACCGCCAAGAUGAUGAAAAUAUGGUCUAUGAAGAAGCAGCAGCAGCAAGAUGAAGCUGCUGCAGCCGCAACAAGCAAGAAGAAGAAGGUCACACCCGCCCAGCUGCGCGCUCAAAAAGAUCUCGAAGAGCUCUCCCUCGGCACGACAAUGAAGACACACUUCCCCAACCCAGACGAUAUCCUCAACUUCAAGCUCACCAUCGACCCUGACGAGGGCAUGUACAAGGGUGGCCGUUUCGAGUUCGACUUCAAGAUCAACCAGAACUUUCCCCACGACCCGCCGAAAGUAAAGUGCACGCAGAAGAUAUAUCACCCCAACAUCGAUCUCGAGGGGAACGUAUGUUUGAACAUCCUCCGAGAGGAUUGGAAGCCGGUGCUGAAUCUGAAUGCGGUGGUGGUGGGGUUGCAGUUUCUCUUCCUCGAGCCAAACGCGUCGGACCCACUCAACAAGGAGGCAGCCGAGGACCUGAAGGCAAACCGCGAGGGCUUCAAGCGCAAUGUGCGCGCAUCGCUUGGGGGAGGACAGGUCAAGGGACAGAUAUUCGACCGCGUGCUCAAAUGAGCACGUGUAGCUACGAGUCGACGACACACUCUGAACUUACAGCCCUCGAUGGCUGGGCAUCUCUCCCGAGACUACGACGAUCCCACGACGCUCCACGCAAUAACAAUCACGGGAAGACGCGGCAGAAGACAAGCACAAGUAGUAUGAGGGGCGCUCAUGUGCGCGCAUAGAGCGUCUGAGGUAUGGCGUAUUGGGAGCGCGGCGUCAGUGUACAGGUUGUUUUCCUUGCUUCUUGACGUUCUUUCUUGUGAGGUGAAUAAGUAUUCGCGUGGCUGCAUAAUGAAUGCCCGCUAUCAAAGCUCUGU